AUGGUCACAGCCACGGGCUCGCCCGAGCGUGCUGUGGCGGCCGGUCGAGCACAGCAGCAGCCCCUGCUUGGGGACAAGGGCUUGGGGGGUGGUGGAGCUUGCGCCACACCUACGCACACUCCACCCUUGCCUCCUCCACCUUUCACGUCCAUGUCCCCGCCGAACCCACCCCGUCCUAAUCCCAAUCCCAAUCCCAGUACCACUCCCAUUUACCAACGCGGUUCCGCGACAUGGCGCCCCCAGCGCGAGCGAAUCGCAACGACUCCGACCAAACCAUCGUCAUCGCCGUCGCCGUCCAUCGAUGCCUUCGAGCGGCACUCGGUCACUACCCAGCAAUCCCCGACCGCCAAGUCGCGACUGGCAUGCCUCGUUGCCUUCAUUUAUCGCAGCGCACAGUCCCGAGAGUCGCACCCGGCCAUGGCCGAGGCCUUGCUGGGCCUGGCGCCCUCGUAUGGCGACGCGCCGAGUAACAAACCCUCCAUCGCACGCCCCGACGACCUCCCAGCCCAGCUCCGCCGCGAUCUCGAACUCAAAAAGACCCCCACGCGAUGCGAACAUGUCCUCGUCACGCUCGAGGUGCCGUCCACCGUCGAGUUCGCCAUCCGUGAGACCGACACCGAAGCGCCCGAGGCCAACGAUCCCGCCUUGGCUGGCGUCCCAACCCGCAUCGUCGACGGCCAGCCCGUGAAGGUUGUGCGCGCCUACGAGACCAUCAUCAGCCAGCCCCACGACAACCCUGCAAUCCAGCGAUCUGUUGCCAAACACAUUGUUGGCCUGUUGUCGACAGCAGACGAGAGUACCUGGGUCGUCCGGGAGGUCUCGCGUGGCCAGUACGGUUGGACCUUCACCUAUAUCUGCAAGGACUCUGUCGCCAUGUGGAACCGCCAGGUCGGCAAGACGGCAAACAAGGCUCUCGUUGGAGAGUAUAGUCAGAAGGAGCUGGAACCCGUCAUCUCAGGCAGACCGGCGUUUGAUUGUCGCGGCACUCUUACCAUCGCCUUCUCCAAGAACUCGAGAACAAUCAACAUCAAGUACGAGCACACGCCCUUCCACAAGACCGUCGGCGAGAUGAUUGAGCAUUUCCGGCCGCUGCCCCCUGCAGCACCACCGGCUUCCCUCAUCCCCGCUUGCGACAAGCCGAAGAAGGCCAAGACCCCGAGGAAGAGGAAGAGCGAGGCGAAUGGGGAUGGAACGCCCAGUCAACCCAAGAAAAAAAGGAGGAAGACGAAGUCGGAGGCCGCGGCUGCGGCGAACGGUCAAGGUGCGCAAGAAGAGGCCGCCGGCAACGACCCGUCAACGGCCACCGUCUUGACCAAGGCCGACGCCGCCGUGCAAAGUGGCGUUCACUUACAUGCUGUCCUCGAUGUGCCUCCGGCCGAGGCCGCCCGGCGUCGUGAAGUUGCCAUUAGACUCCUCAGCGACAGCGGUGUCGAUCCGGAGAGUCUUUCUACCGAGCAGUUCAGCAUCUUCGCCAACCAGUCUCCGGAUCUCCAGAAAGAAUCCCUUGCCAUGUUGGCCAAGUACGGCGCCGAGAGGCUUCGGAUUGUGCAUCCCAGCAAUGUCAACCCGGCAUCGUCAACAAGCGCACUACCCACGUCUGACCAACCUGCCGCCAAAGCGGGGACUGCUGACGAUCCCGCAUCAUUGUUGGAAUCCCCUACCCCCACCAAGAAAAGACGCCCGCGAAAGUCCAAGGCGGCGGCUAGCGAUGCCGAGGAGGAAGAGCUGAUCCCGGCUCCCGCGGGCACUCCGCUAAGGCAAGUCUCGAGAGGUUCCUGCAUUGCUUGCAGAAGAGCAAAGACCAAGUGCGACCGAGCCAAGCCUACUUGCUCUUUGUGUGAGGAAGAGGGCGUCGGGUGUCAAUACCCCCUUGUCAAAAAACAGGCGGCCAAAAAGAAGGAGGAGAAGUCGUCGGUACUGGUGGACGACGACCAAGACGAGACUGAAGCGGAAGCCGAACCUGAACCAGAACCCGAGGCUGCGCCGGAGUCGGAGCCCGAGCCUGCUCCCGAGACGGAGACUGCCCCGGAGACGGAGGCGGAAACUGAAGAGCAGGAGCCCGACGACAUCGAGACCAUCGAUUACACGUCCAAUAUGCCCGUCGCCAACAUGAUUACUCCAGCCGCCGAGACUCCCAGCCAGGACUACUUCAACUCUGGCCACAAUCAACUGUCAUAUACGCACACUGCUUCCAACGACAUGGGCAUGUCUCAGAGUGUGUCCUCGUAUCCGGAGACCUUGGUCAGCGUGAGUUACGCGGAGCCGUCAUCUCUUACCGAUACUACAGCAGUCUACACUCACACAAACGCGGAUACGGCGAAUUUGGUUCAGCCCGCCGAUACGAGGAACGUGGGUCAAUCACAGGCGGCUACUGCCGGCAGUCUUGGUUAUCAUCAUCAGCCUGCGACCAAGAGUCCUCAGACGACGGGAAACUCUCCUACUAAUACACGCCGCAGCUUGCCAUCCGGGAUUCCGCAGCAGCAGCAACCCAUCACCGAGAGCGCCGUUCCGCUCCCAAACUACGCGCAGAACUGGCAGAGCAUGUCACCGGCCAAGCCGACAAACACGGUGUCGUCAUCCAUGUCGGCGCGGCAACAUCGGUCGCGCAAGUCAGUUCAGAUACCUACACCAAGCGCUGUCAGUCAGCAGUCGGCGGCCGCCAAUGAUACUACGCAACAGAUUGCAGCCCAAGCCGCCAUGCAUCAGCAGCAGCAGCAGCAGCAGCAUCGGCCAUCUCCCACGCAGGGAGUAGCUCAAGUCGCCCAAGCACCGCGAGUUGUCUCGCCGUUCCAAGCGCCCGUGCAGACGGUUCGAGCUAAGAGUCGAGCCGGCCAUCGAACGUCAACCCGUACACCCGUCAACGAGCAGCGGCCGAGUCAGUCUCAUCACACUGUCCAGCCGUCGACGACCCGAGGAACGCUUGAUACCACAUACAACAAUAGCGACACUCAUUCUUUGGGCAGUGUUUCCAACUACAAUACCUAUGGCGCGAAAUACCCGAGUGCAGGGGGCAACACCUUGGCGGAAGCAGACACGAAACUGGCGUAUCAGCCGUACGCGCCGCAGACCACCUCUGCAGCCCCGUCGGCAUACACGUCAUACGACCACGGCAGAAGCAGCAUGACGCCCCAGAACAAUACUAGCAACCUGUCAUAUACCCCGAGCAAUAAUCCGCGGUCCGGGCAGAUGUACAACUCCCAACCCCAAUCCCAAUCUCGCCACAACACGCAGCAACCUUAUAGAGAUGACACGGCCACCGAAACGCCUACUACAAACCCGUACGCGCAGUCCUCGCCGGAAGUACAGCAGCAGCAGCAGCAACAGCAGCAACAACAACAACCACGACAACAGUCCUCUACGCUGCAGUCGUUCAACAUGCGAAACGCGGCAACGGCUAGCCAAGCCAUGCCAUCCACAAGACACAAAAGCCAGCAGCAACAUCAGCAACAAAACCACCAGCAGCAGCAGCAACCGUCUCAGUCGUACGGCUCGUACUCGUCUCAAACGCAGCAACAGCCUACGCAAUCGGACCAGCACAGCUGGUAUGGUUUCGGAUCGGGCACGAAUACAUCGUUCCCAUCGGCGAAUGUCUCGGGAGGAUACGCGGCUAGAGGCGGCGCUUCCAUCAACUACGGCACUAGCUCGAGCAGCGGCAAUCAGGCAUACCAGCAGCAGCAGCACCACCAUCAUCAAAACUCUGACGGAAUGCCGAACCACAGCUAUGCUGGGGACGAUAACGACAUGUACGAGCUGCUGAAGAACUCUCUACAUGGCCCUGGCCGUUGA